UUUAAGGUCUUCAUUCAACGUGCAUUCCUAAAUGCAUCACAAUCCACAAUUUUAGACAGUUUAGUCAGUUUAGUGAAGAUGUUAAUAUUUUAUUACCAUUGUCAACAAUCAAAAAUAGUGAAACCGUAAACAUAAUGACAUUACGUGUGUGUUCUUAAAAAAAGUGAUUUGAUCAUCAGCUCACCAGCAGAUUCUUGCAAACAAAAAUGAGAAAAAACCGUUCACUCUACGCGUCGAAAAGCGCAGUUUGCAAACGGAGCCUCAGCCGCGAGAGCCCGCAAGCUCGGUGAGAAAAGUUCGAUUUUUGGUUGCUUCGGAUUUUGGCAAACGGAGCGGCAUGGAUUGACGUCGAUUUUCGAAGAUUUUACAGUAGUGAUUUACAUUUUUGAUCAUUCGAACUUUUUGCAUUUUAACUGUUAACUGGAAGACUCAAUCGAAGCAAGAUGAAGCAGAUCCUGUGCGGAAAAUUCGGGUACAGCGUUUUGCUGGUAUCCACAACGUCACGUUAUCCAAUAUCCAUUGUGGGUACACGUUACUUGACAUCGGGCAAGUUUAGGUACUGCAAACCCUUGCUGGCAUCCCCUCAAGCUCGUAUCCUAGUGAAUUCACAUCGGAAGUAUGUAAUGGUUGUUACCAAGAUUUUGAGAGGUGCGUUGAAGAUACGAUAUCUCCUACUUGGAGGAGCAGUCGGUGGAGGAGUCACAUUGCAAAAAAAAUAUGAACAGUGGAAGGAAGGGCUACCAGAUAUGUCUUGGAUGAAUGGCUUAAUACCUAACGAUCAGCAAUGGAAAGAUUUCCGUGGUUCAUUAAUGACUAUUAAAGAUACCUUAGCUGAUAAAGUUGAAAUAGAUCCACGCAUUAAGGAACUAGGCGAAGCAAAAUAUAGGGAAUAUAGGAAAUGGUUCAACGAGAGAUUAGAUGAUGCUAUCAAGGCUGCUGAAUCUAGAAAAAUUGAAGAUAGUCCCAAUAAUCAAAAUAGUAAUUCAUCAAAUCGUGAAAUAGAAGUGAUCACAGCCUUUGCAAACCAAGUUUAUUCAGAUGUCAAAGAUGAGAUAACGAAAAAUACGGUAGCUUUCGCGUUGCCUGCAACUGCUGAAGACGAGGAUCGUCGAAAAAGUCAAUCUUCCCAGCAGAGGAUAGACGCGAUGCAUGACGAAGUGAUGCAAAUACAAUCGAAAUACCAACGGGAACUUGAAAGGCUUGAACGCGAAAAUAAGGAAUUGAGAAAGCAGAUGCUGCUCAGGGGAAAUUUCAAGCAAAAUAACAGAAAAAUCAAGAAAUCACUAAUCGACAUGUACAGCGAUGUUUUAGACGAACUUAACGAUUACGACAGCACAUAUUCAACUGCCGAUCAUUUGCCGCGUGUCGUGGUUGUCGGAGAUCAAAGUGCUGGAAAGACGUCUGUCCUCGAGAUGAUCGCUCAAGCGCGAAUAUUCCCGAGGGGUGGAGGCGAGAUGAUGACCAGAGCUCCUGUAAAAGUUACCUUAAGUGAAGGACCUUACCAUAUCGCGCAAUUCAAAGACAGCACAAGAGAAUUCGACUUGACCAAAGAGUCCGAGUUGGCGGAACUUCGCCGUGAAGUCGAGCUGCGUAUGAAAAACAGCGUGAGAAACGGAAAAACUGUUAGUCAAGAUGUCAUUGCGAUGACCGUUAAGGGCCCUGGCCUCCCGCGUAUGGUUCUAGUCGAUUUACCAGGAAUCAUCAGUACUCAAACCACCGAAAUGGCAGAAGAUACUCGAGAUGCCAUACGUCAAAUGACGCAGCAGUACAUGAGUAAUCCAAAUGCAAUUAUUCUUUGCAUACAAGAUGGGUCUGUUGAUGCGGAAAGGAGUAACGUUACUGAUUUAGUUUCCCAAAUGGAUCCUGCUGGCAAACGAACUAUUUUCGUUCUUACUAAAGUAGACGUGGCUGAGCAAAACAUGACAAAUCCCGAGCGACUGAAGAAAAUUUUAUCCGGAAAACUGUUUCCAAUGAAAGCAUUGGGAUAUUUUGCUGUGGUUACUGGUCGGGGAAGGCAGGAAGAUAGCAUUCAAACGAUAAAGGAUUACGAAGAGAAAUUCUUCAGAAGUUCUAAGCUAUUUAAGGAUGGUCUGGCCAUGUCAGGUCAAGUCACUACUAGGAAUUUAAGUUUAGCUGUUGCUGAGUGCUUUUGGAAAAUGGUGCGGGAGACUGUUGAGCAACAAGCUGACGCUUUUAAAGCCACAAGGUUUAAUUUAGAAACUGAAUGGAAAAAUAACUUUCCAAGAUUACGUGAAUUAGAUAGAGAUGAGCUUUUCGAAAAAGCUAGGGGUGAGAUUUUGGACGAAAUCGUGAAUCUCUCGCAAGUUUCUCCAAGACAUUGGGAGGAAGUUCUGAUGGAUCGUUUAUGGGAUAAAGUUAGCAUGCACGUAUUUGAAAAUAUAUAUUUACCUGCUGCUCAAACCGGAAAUCCGGGAACCUUUAAUACGACCGUCGAUAUCAAACUGAGACAUUGGGCUGAGCAACAGUUACCUUCUAAGAGCGUGGAAGCGGGUUGGGAAUGUUUGCAGCAGGAGUUCCAAAAAUUCAUGAUGCAAGCCCGACUGAGUCCAGAUCACGAUAAUAUUUUUGAUAAUUUGAAAAACGCCGUUGUUGAGGAAGCUAUUACUAGGCACACUUGGGAAGACAAGGCUUCCGAAAUGUUAAGAGUGAUUCAACUGAACACUCUAGAAGAUAGAAGCGUAAGUGAUAAGAGAGACUGGGAUCAAGCUGUUCGUUUCUUGGAAACAUCGGUGAAAGAAAAACUGCAGGCAACCGAACAGAUACUGAAAGAUAUGCUUGGGCCAGGCCGUAAAGAGCGAUGGUUGUAUUGGCAGUCCCAGACUGAAGAACAGCAAAAACGCAACAGUGUUAAAAGCGAGUUAGACAAAAUUUUGUACGCAGAUAAGAAACACGCACCGACGCUGACGCAAGACGAGUUGACGACUGUGAGAAAAAAUUUGCAACGCAGCGGUCUCGAAGUCGAUAACGAAUUCAUUCGAGAAACGUGGCAUCCCGUCUAUAGAAGAUUUUUCUUGCAGCAGAGUUUAUCAAGGGCGUAUGACUGUCGGAAAGGUUACUACUUAUACCACACUGGCCACGACGCGGAGAUGGAGUGUAACGACGUCGUGUUGUUCUGGCGUAUUCAGCAAAUGUUGAAGGUAACUGCAAAUGCUCUUAGACAACAGAUUAUGAACAGGGAAGCUCGUAGACUCGACAAGGAGAUAAAGGAAGUUCUAGAGGACUAUAGUCAGGAUAAUGAAGUCAAGCAAAAGCUACUUACUGGAAGGAGAGUCACACUUGCUGAAGAAUUAAAACGCGUGCGACAGAUACAAGAAAAACUCGAAGAGUUCAUCCAGGCAUUGAAUAAGGAGAAGUGAAUGCCAGCAAGUAUUUAGCGAAUUCGCAAGAGCUAAAUUUCCAUUGAUGACUCAAAAUUGUUAAUGAAAAAAUAAAACAAGAAAAAAAGGAGAGACGAACCCGAGAGUUAGCGGAGAUACUCGCGUCGAGUGCUGUGAGAACUACCACUUGUUGAACAAGUGAAAGUCAACGUAGUUUAUUUUUCGAGUGGCGAUGAGUUUCGCACACGUUGUUAGCGAUUUGCAAAGAAGCAGAGUGCGCGUAAGUGGCUGAGAAGUGAAACGCAGUGCGCAAAAUAGAAAUGGGGAAAAAACCAGUGUACAUUACGUAUCUGUAAUUAAAUUCAUCAUUGUGUAUAAUAGUAGUUAAUAGUAAUAAGGCAGGCGAAAAAUAAAAAUGGGUUUCUUGGCUUGUUGAUUUUUAA